CUUGCAUGAGUGCAAAAAAAUAUUUCUAAACAAACAGUGAGCUACUUAAAUUAUAUACCAAAUUAUAUUUUUGUUAAUCAAAAUUUUAUAAAAUCUUAAAAUCAAAUAAUGUCUACUACAGGAAUUGAAAAUCCUCGACCUGAAACAACUUUUGAGUUGUAUGAAAUGUUCUUAGCUUUUUUACAGGCCCCUACAUAUCAUUUGGCUUUGGAAGCUGUUUUAGUAGUAUGGGUAUUUUGGUUGCUUGUGCAUAAAAGCUAUAAACCCCAACGGCAAGAAUUAACUGAACAGGAAAAGGAGCAAUUAAUUGCAGAGUGGACACCAGAACCAUUAGUGCCACCAUCAGAUGAAAAUAACCCGUGUCUAAAGCCAAGAACUAUAACUGGCAAAGUUGGUAAGAUUGUGAUGGUGGAUGGGAAACAAUGUUUGAAUGCAGCCACACAUAAUUACCUAGGCUUAGUUGAACAUGAAAAGUUAGAAGAAGCAGCUUUACAAUGCUUGAGAAAAUAUGGAGUUGGCUCUUGUGGGCCUAGAGGCUUUUAUGGAACUGUUGAUAUUCACCUGGAACUGGAGGCAAAACUUGCAAAAUUUAUGAAACAGCAAGAGGCUGUGUUAUACUCAUAUGGCUUCUCUACCAUCUCUAGUGCUAUUCCUGCUUAUGCCAAGCAUGGAGAUGUUAUUUUCUGUGAUGAAGGAGUGAAUUUUGCCAUUCAAAAAGGAUUAGUGGCUUCUCGUAGUCAAAUUUUCUUUUUCAAACAUAAUAAUGUAGAUGAUUUGGAAAGACUUCUAAAACAACAAGAGGAACGUGAUAAACUAAACCCUAAGAAAGCCAAAGUGACCAGAAGAUUUCUUGUUGUGGAGGGUAUUUAUAUGAAUUUUGGUGAUAUAUGCCCUCUGCCUAGAAUGGUUGAGCUGAAAAACAAGUAUAAAGUACGUUUGUUUAUUGAUGAAGCCUGUUCAUUUGGUGUUCUAGGAGAAACGGGUCGUGGAAUCACUGAGCAUUUUAAUAUUCCUAUGGAAGAAGUUGAUCUUAUCACUUCUACACUGGAAGCUGCUAUUCCAGGAUAUGGAGGUUUUUGUGUUGGUACAUCUUUUAUUGUUGAUCACCAACGAUUGUCUGGGCUUGGUUAUUGUUUCUCUGCUUCCCUUCCACCAUUUCAAGCUGGAGUUGCCAUAGCUGCUUUAGAAAUUUUGGAAUCCAAUCCAAGCCUUGUCACAACAUUAAAAGAAAAUUGUGUCUACAUGCAUGAACUCCUAGUCAAGAUGUCUGAUCUCAUAACACUUUCAGAUAAUUUGUCUCCUAUUAAACAUCUGUAUGUUGCUGAACCGAUGUCAAGAGCACAAGCUUUAAAUAGAUUAAAUGGAAUAGUUGCCUAUGCCAUGAAAGAAGGUGUAGCAAUUGCAAUUGCUCAGUACUUAAAUAAUGAAGAGCACAAACUUCCACCUCCAAGUAUACGUCUUGUGGUAACUGCUGCAAUGACUACUGAAGACAUGGAUCGUAUUUUCACAGUGCUCAAGGAAGCUUCCAAGAAUGUGACAGACUCCUAGGGAUUUCUAAAGCUAAUGUAUUUAUACAUUGGGUCCAUAUUUUAAGCAUUUUUACAUAAAAUAUUUCAAUCAAUACAAAUGUUGAGUUAGGAAAUACAUUCCAAAUUAAGCAUAUAUGAUUGCACUGUAUUGCAUUUAUUAUUAGUAGUAUUAAUUUGCUGGCCAUACUCUUGGUUUAUCAAAAUCGUUAUGUUUUAACGAUUUAUUUUUUUGUUGCACAAAAUUUUAUGGUUCCAUAAUAGUUUUUUUUUUUUUUUAUUUUUAAAUGCUCAGUAAUUAAUGACUUGAUAUUUUUGUUUAAAUAUGAUCUCCUUGUAGCUGUAGCUAAUGAAUAGAAUAUUUUUAAAUCAUGAAAUCAUGAAAAUGUCUAUGAAAUUAAAGUAAAAGAUAUUUGUAAACUGUUAAAUUGCUUUGGUGCUGAUAAAACGCUUAUAAAUUAAGUAUUUAUUUAAAAAAUGAGCAUUACUUCAUGACAUUUUGAUGUUUCAUAUUUUAUUUUUAUUGAACAAAUGAAACAUUAUCAUUUUGUUUUUACAUUCUGGUGUGUAGAUGCCAUUUGCCACAAAUAUCAGCCAUUGAUUCAUUACCUGAGUUAAUUUAUUAAAAUAGGUAGCUAUAAAGGUAUAAGUAUAUGUGAAACAGGUGCUUUUUUAUUACCAUCUUCCUUUUGCACUUUUU